AUGGCUCCAGACAGUUCGUACAACCAGGACAGAGACUCCGAUGUGCCCGCCAGGAUAUUCCAUGAGCCCCGGGCCCAAGAUCAUGGCCCUCACCAGUGGGCAUUCUGGACACCUUGGGCAUAUCAUCAGGCCCAAGGUGCACAUCCAGGCCCAUCUCGCUCUGCCACAUCGGAGCACUUGGUGCUGGAAGCCACUAUAAGCCGUCCUCCUCCUUCUACUUCGGAGGAAGUGCCGGUCCAGCCACAAGACUCCCAGAUCUCAAGGGAGACAGAGGCUGGCCACCAAGAAGAGACCUCAAUUGACCUGCUUGUCCCUGGUCUCUCCUCAUCCUCCUCCCCUGACGAGGCAGUAGCUGGAACAUCAUCUGUAAGCCCUCCGCCAAUUGACCUGAGGGCCCACGAAGACCUCCUCAGGCGUGUGGCACUAAAUACGAACCUGCAAGUCGAGGAGGUCCCGGAGGAUGCGGCUUUGAAAAUUCUCACCAACACCAACACCAACACCGAGGAGCCCUGUGAAGAUGAUGAACACUUUUUAACACGUCGUGCUGUCCUACCCUCGGCUGUCUGGCGGGGCCCCGCAUUGUCCUCACCAGAACCUGGCACCCAGGAGGAGGCAGCUCCACGUGUGUACUUCCCAGAGACGUGGCUGUGGGACCUGGUGCCUGUGGGCAAGGGGGGCUCCAAGGAUGUCCCAGUCUCAGUGCCUGACACCAUCACGGAGUGGAAAGCUGGGAUGUUCUGCAUGGCAGAGGUGGGCUUCGGGCUCUCGCCCAUGGCCAUCUUCACGGCCUUCAAACCUUUCUUUGUGGAGCUGGCCUUGCCGUACUCCGUGAUCCGGGGAGAGGCCUUUGCCCUAAAGGCCACCGUCUUCAACUACCUGCGGCAGUGCAUCAAGGUGCGGGUGACGCUGGCGGAGUCUGCGCAGUUCCAGGUGCAGGCGGGCGAGGAUGGCGCCUACACCAGCUGCCUCUGUGCGGACGAAGGGAAAACCUUCCAGUGGGAGGUGACGGCGAGCAGCCUGGGGGAGGUGAACUUCACCGUCAGCACCGAGGCGCUGCACACCGAGGAGCUGUGUGGCACAGAGCUGGCCGUGGUGCCGGCCCAGGGGCGAGUGGACACCGUGAUAAAGCCCCUGCUGGUCCAGCCGAGGGGAAUCCUGGAGGAGAAGGUGCACAUGUCCCUGCUCUGCCAGGAAGCCUCUGAAGAAAUCUCCUUGCAGCUGCCUGGGAACGUCCUGGCAGGGUCCGAGCGGGCCCAGGUGACUGUCCUGGGAGACAUAAUGGGGAUGACUCUGCAGACCACGGACCACCUGCUGGCCGUGCCCAAAGGCAAUGGAGAGACGAACAUGGUCCAGUUCGCUCACAACAUCUACAUCCAGCAGUACCUGGAGAAGAGCGGGCAGCUGAGCCUGGAGAUCAGAGACAAGGCCAAGGGAUUCCUCCAGAGCGGCUACCAGCGUGAGCUGCUCUAUAAACACGAUGACGGCUCUUACAGCGCCUUUGGGGAGAGAGACGCCACGGGCAACACCUGGCUGACGGCCUUCGUUCUCAAGUCCUUUGGCCAGGCCAGGCCCUACAUCUCCAUUGACGAGAAGCACCUAGAGGACGCCCUAAGGUGGCUGCCGAGCCGCCAGCUGGAGAGCGGCUGCUUCUGCAGUGUGGACAACCUGGAGGGCAGCAUGGUGGACGAGCUCUCUCUCUCGGCUUACAUCACGGCGGCACUGCUGGAGCUGGGGCAUCCGCUCACGGUCCGCAUGGUGACCAGGGCCCUCCAGUGCCUCCGGGAGUCGAGCAGCAGCAACCUCUACACACAGGCGCUGUUGGCCUACGCCUUUGGGCUGGCGGGGAGCAUUGAGCUGCGGGACGCCCUCCUGCAGCGCCUGGCCCAGCACAGCAUCAGCGCCGGUGGACAGCUGUACUGGCAGGGGAAGCCCAGCCCCGACAGGAAUGAGGCCCCAUCGGCGGAGGCAAUGACGGCUUACGUGCUCCUGGCCUAUCUCUCCCUGCCCAGUGUGUCUGCUGCCGACAUGGUGACCGCCACCCGGAUCGUCCGCUGGCUCAGCAAGCAGCAGAAUCUCUACGUGGGUUUCGACUCCACGCAGGACACGGUGGUGGCCCUGCAAGCCUUGGCCAAAUAUGCAGCCCUGACGAACAGCACGAGCGGAGCUGUGUCAGUGACAGUGAGCUCCAAGGCCGGGGACCGGCAGCAAUUUCACAUGGACAACGCCAACCGGCUGGUGCUGCAGCAAGCGGCCCUGCAGGAGAUCCCCGGGCAGUACACGGUGCGGGCCAGCGGCAAGGGCUGUGUCUUUGUGCAGCUGACUCUGCGCUACAACGUGCCGCCCCCAAAGAGCGCUGCGACCUUUGACCUGCGGGUGGAGACUGAGCCGAAGGAGUGCACCGAGAGCGCCAGAUCCCGCUUCAGCCUCGUGCUGCACGCCCGGUACAGCGGGGAGCGCCCAGCCACCAACAUGACCAUCAUCAAGGCCAAGCUGCCGUCCGGCUACACCCCCGUCCAGGGCUCCCUGCGGCAGCUGGAGAAGCAGCCUUUGGUGAAGAGGCUGGAGGUGCAGAACGACCAGGUGACGCUCUAUCUGGACCAGCUGACAAAGGAGGCGGCGAGUUUCACCUUCUCCCUGGAGCAGGAUUUCCCUGUGAAGAAUCUCAGAGCAGCCCCAGUGAGACUGUACGAUUAUUACGAGACUGGUGAACACACAGAGGCUGAGUACAGCGCCCCCUGCAGCUCAGGACACGCUGCUGUGGCAGCAAAGCCUCCUCAGGGACCGGUGUCAUCUCCAGAGUCACGUCAGUGGCCUGAUCUAGCCGCUGCUGCCUCCGAUGCUGAUUCUGGGGUCAGCAAGUCUCCAGCUGUCACCAUUGACAGCUCCAUGCUCGGUGUGGUACCCAGCACUGAGCGACUGAGGCCAUGCUGA